AUGACCACCAUCACCAUCACUAUCCCUAUCAUAAUUAUCCUCAUCAUCCUCAUCACCAUCAUCAUCGUCACUGUCGUCUCUAUCUCCUUCAUCAUCAUCAUUAUCACCAUCAUCCUCAGCAUCACCAUCUCAUCAUUACCUGGCUGGGGGGAUUGGGACAGCUGUUUCCCAGACCUGUUGGGGAUCAGUUUCAGUGAGACAGCCGCAGCUGACGCUGCCCUUGGCUACAUCAUUGCCUUCCUGGUACUGCUGUCCACAGCGAAACUUUGGCAUCUGCUCAGGUUAAACCCCAAAAUGAACAUGAUCACAUCAGCUCUACACCGUGCCUGGGGAGACAUUUCAGGCUUUGUCAUCGUCAUCCUUAUCAUGCUCCUGGCUUACUCCAUUGCGUCAAAUUUGAUAUUUGGUUGGAAACUCCGCUCCUACAAAACCCUCUUUGCUGCAGCAGAAACGAUAAUCAGCCUUCAGGUAGGAAUCUUCAACUAUGAGGAGGUCCUGGACCACAGCCCAGUGCUCGGCUCCUUCCUAAUUGGGUCCUGCAUUGUUUUCAUGACAUUUAUUGUGCUGAAUCUACUUAUCUCUGUCAUCCUGGUGGCCUUCAAUGAAGAGCAAAAAUACUAUCAGACGCUGCGCACCGGUCCCAAUCUGCUGUUGGUGCGUAAAUUCACAGAGAAACAUGAAUGGAUAACAACAGAAAAUGGUAUUGGAACAGUGGGAAUCAGCAAUUUUGCACAGGAAGCAUUGGGAGAUGUUGUUUACUGUAGUCUGCCUGAAAUUGGGACAAAACUGAACAAGCAAGAUGAGUUUGGUGCUUUGGAAAGUGUGAAAGCUGCUAGUGAACUCUAUUCUCCUCUGUCAGGAGAAGUAACUGAAAUUAAUACAGCGCUUGUAGAAAAUCCAGGACUUGUCAACAAAUCUUGUUAUGAAGAUGGUUGGCUGAUCAAGAUGACACUGAGUAACCCUUCAGAACUAGAUGAACUAAUGAGUGAAGAAGCAUAUGAGAAAUACAUAAAAUCUAUUGAGGAGUGAAAAUGAACCCACCUAAAUAAAGUAGUCUAAAACAAAUUAUCUAGCAUAGUUGUCUUAAAUUAGUGGUGGAUGAAAGAUUUAAUAAUUCCAAUGAAAAAAGAAACCACAACAAUGCUACUGGAUGAAAAUACCCCUUAACCAUCUAAUGACGGCAGAUAAAUACAAUGUGCAUCUUUUCCACAACACCCUAUGGUUUUUAGGCUAGGCUACAGUUAAAAUAUUCAGAAUUCCUGAAAUUAUCUAUGGUAAAAUCUAGUAAUAAAAAUUACAUUUCAAGGAUAACAUUGUUAUCUUAGCCUUAUAUAAUACUGUAACUUGCUUACAUCGGUCUCUGGAUUUGGGUCACAAUACUUAAUGAUCUUUCCAUUGGAAAUAACAGGCAGUAGAUAAAAGUUUUUGUUGUUACGGUGUCAGAUGAUGAACAAUACUGUCUUAAUUUAGCAAUUACUGAGUUUGCUGGUGCUAUUUUUAUACACUGAAGUAGCAGCCUCACAGGAAAAUAAGAAAGUUUAAUAAUAAAACAUUCAACUUCA